AUGGCUAAGCGCCAUGCCUUCGAGGCGCUCGAAGACCUCAGCGGCGUCGCGUCACCCGCGUCCAAACGUUCGCGAUUCGACGACCUAGACUCGCCUCUCGACGGCCCGACACCGAAGGAAGACAAACCGACCAACGGCGCGUCAAAGGGGGAAGAUGACGAAGAAAAUGAGCUCGACGACGAGCUAUCAGCGCCGGCACCCGUUCGCCAAGCUGCACCGACAGACGGCUACGCAGACCUCUACCUAGACACAAUCCACCGCCAGGUUCUGGACUUUGACUUUGAGAAGCUUUGUUCGAUAUCGCUAUCCAACAUCAAUGUGUAUGCCUGCCUCGUCUGCGGCAAGUAUUUCCAAGGACGAGGACCAAAGAGUUACGCGUACAUCCACUCCCUGGAUGAAGAUCACCACGUCUACAUCAACCUCGAAACACAGCGAGUCUUUGUCCUGCCCGAAGGAUACGAGGUCAAGAGCAAAGCCCUUGAUGACAUCAAAUAUGUCGCCGAUCCCACAUACACAAAGGAAGACGCGCGAGAUCUCGACCGCGUCUCCAAGACGAGUCGCACCCUCGAUGGAAAGGAGUAUAGUCCAGGGUUCGUGGGCAUGAACAAUAUCAAGGAGAACGACUAUCUCAACGUCGUGGUACAAGCACUUUCGCAUGUCGCGCCUCUGCGGAAUUACUUCUUACUGGAGAAUUUCUCUUCUAAAACAGAGCUCGUCAGGCGCUGCAGCAUCCUCUUUCGCAAAAUCUGGAAUCCGCGGGCCUUCAAGGCGCACGUCUCCCCCCACGAGCUGCUCCAGGAGGUGUCCCUCCGAUCCAACAAAAAGUUCACCCUGACGGCACAGUCCGAUCCGGUGGACUUUCUCUCGUGGUUCUUGAACAACCUGCAUCUCGGUCUCGGUGGCUCGAAAACCAAACCUGGGUCGUCCAUGAUCCAGCGGACAUUCCAAGGGAAACUCAAGGUCGAAUCACAGACAAUCACCGCAAGAGCGGAUGUGGGCGACAGGCUGCGAUUCGAGGAGGCUGCCGACGUCAAAGUCGACGUUGCGCGGUUCAUGUUUCUCACUCUCGACCUCCCGUCGGCGCCGCUAUUCCAGGAUGAGCUCGAAAAGAACAUCAUCCCCCAAGUGCCCCUGACCACCAUUUUAAGUAAGUACGACGGGCGGAGUGCACAGGAACAUCACGCCCAGAGGAAACGAUAUCGCCUGCUACAUCCGCUCCCGCCCUACCUCGUCUUCCAUGUGAAGCGCUUCUCGCAAAAUAAGUUCAUCUCGGAACGGAACCCUACUAUUGUCACAUUCGAUGCCAGGAACCUCGACAUGUCGCCCUACGUGGAACCCAAUCCGGCCGAACAUCCGCCGGGCGAGCCAAUAUGGUACGACCUCGUGGCAAACAUUGUGCACGAGGCCGUCCGGACGCGCGAGGAUGUCGCGGACACAGGCGAGGAGAGGAAGACGUGGAAAGUCCAGCUCAAGGACAAGGCAACGGGCGAGUGGGUCAUGGCGCAGGAUCUCUACGUGGACAAGGUACAGAGGGAACUGCUAUACCUAGGAGAGACAUAUCUCCAAGUCUGGGAGAGAAGAAGAGACAGCAAGGGGAAAGACAAAAGCCUAGUUUAG